AUCCUGGUGCUCCUGUGAAACUGCCUUGUAUGCCAGUUAAACUGUCACCUCCACUACCUCCAAAGAAAGUCAUGAUUUGCAUGCCUUUAGGGGGGCCAGACCUCUCUCUCUCAUCCUAUUCCACGCAGAAGAGCUCCCAGCAGCCUUUGACUCAGCACCAUCACACUGUCCUGCCAUCCCAGUUAGCAGCUCACCAGCACCAGCUCCAGUACGGCAGCCACAGCCAGCACCUGCCUUCUGGGACCAGCACGUUGCCCAUUCACCCUUCGGGGUGCCGGAUGAUAGAGGAACUCAACAAAACGCUAGCCAUGACCAUGCAGAGGCUAGAAAGCUCUGGUUUACACACAGGUGAAAGUGUUACAAAAACAGGACCUGGAGGCCUUCCAGACAUGAGACAAGUGCCAACUGUUGUGAUCGAAUGCGAUGACAAUAAAGAAAAUGUGCCUCAUGAAACUGACUAUGAAGAUUCUUCCUGCCUCUACGCAAGACAGGAGGAGGAGGAAGAGGAAGAUGAAGAUGAGGAUAACUCAUUAUUUACAAGCUCCCUGGCAAUGAAAGUCUGCAGGAAGGACUCUUUAGCCAUCAAACUAAGCAACAGGCCUUCCAAGCGAGAGCUGGAGGAAAAGAACAUCCUCCCCAUGCAGACUGAUGAAGAGAGGCUCGAACUUAGGCAGCAGAUUGGGACAAAGUUAACAAG